GAUUCUUUCCAACUGGCAACACGACUCAGGAUCAACGGUCAAAGAAAGACUUUGACUCCUUGCUCCGAGUUCUGCCUCCUUUGCUUCGAGAGACAAUUGGAGUAUUUAUCAUCCUUUGAACGAGGUCACAAAGCACUCUCUCAAACGGAAACCCCCUUGUUCCCACCAGACGGGUUCAAUACCCAAAUCGUCUAUUUGUCCACGUACAUACUCGACGUCUCAUCCCAAGGCGGAACUUUGACCAGCCUCAGUCGUUCUCAAUCCUCACAUCUCCUACACCGCUAUUCGUAUCCUUCCGGACUUCGACCACAUCUUGUAUAAUCCCUCCACGGACAUAUACGCGCCCAUUUUCUCACACACCCUUAGCAGCUGGUCCUGCCAUUUCCUACUUUAAUUUCUAAUCUUCUUUUCGAUCAUUCAUCAAUAUGGCUAGAGAUCGUCUUGCCGGCGUUCAACGCAACUAUGGUGAUGCUUCUGCCCCUGCUCCAACUGCUUAUCCUCCUCAACAGAACGCCUAUCCUCCUCAAUCAAACGCUUAUCCACCUCCUUCGAACGGGGUUAUCGGUCAAACUAGAGGUCCCAACCCUUAUGCGCAGCAGAACGCCCCGCCAGCCAACCCGUAUGUUCAGAACAAUCAGCAGUAUGGACAACAACAGGGGUAUGAUGCUGGAGGUGGGAUGAACGGAGGGGGUGACUUUUGGGCAGAGCUGAGCUCUACCAAUGCCUUGUUAUCAACUUUGGAGCAGCAAAUAAAAGCUUUGAAAAGUGCCCAUGACCAAUCUUUGGCAUCAACCGAUAGUCAAGCCACCAACUACGCGGCACAGCUCACUGAAGAAGCUCGUGCCACCCGUGAACAAUGCAAGAAUCAAACGAAACGUCUAUUCAAGCUUGCCAAAGGUGACAAAGCGAUGAAAAAUCAAGCCGAAGUAGUCAAGCAGCGCUUCACUGCUCUUCUCAACGAACAUCAAGUGGUAGAGAAAGAUUAUCGACAAAAGCUCAAGCUACGAGUCGAGCGUCAGUAUAGGAUCGUCAAGCCGGACGCGACACCAGAAGAGGUCAGACAAGUGGUGGACAGUGACAGCCCUCAAGUGUUUUCGGAUGCGUUGAUGACCUCUAACCGCUAUGGUACCGCCCGCACCGCCUACAGAGAAGUACAAGAACGACACGUCGAAAUCCAAAAGAUCGAGAAGACUCUUACCGAGCUGGCUCAGAUGUUUUCGGAGAUGGCCAUGCUCGUGGAACAACAGGAUGAGACGAUCGUCAAUGUUGAGACACAGGCUGCUGAUGUGGAUCAUAAUAUUGAAGCUGGUUUGCAACAGACCGAAAAGGCUGUGGAGUCUGCCCGAAAGGCGAGAAGGAAGAAGUGGAUCUGUUUCUGGAUCUGCGUGCUCAUCCUUGUCAUUGCUGGUUUGGCUAUCGGUCUGGCCAUUGGUUUGAAGAAGAAUUAAAUCAACCGUUCACCUCUUCCUCCCUCCCUCGCCGUUGCCGAAUCCUAUAUUGAAUACGACCUAUAAGCGCCAGUCCACGUGGCCGACUAAUAAAUGGAUGUUUUCUCUGUGCAGAAGAUGCUAUGCAUCGUGUGAUUCCC